AUGUUGCCAAUCUUACCACCUGAUGAAAUUAAUAAUGCCUUUUGUAAUAUCAUUGAAGAUUUAAGUAAUAUACAUGUGAAAUUUUGGAAAUUAACUGAUUACAUUUUGGAAACUUAUAUUGAAGAACCAAUAUAUCCACGAUCUUUUUGGAAUUUGUUCGAUUUAAUUGAAAUACGACCGAAAACAAACAAUCAUAUUGAAGGUUAUCAUGGGCAACUGAAUUCCCAUUGUCCAACACAUCCUACCAUUUGGUCUUGGAUACGAUAUAUUCAAGAGGCUGAGGAAUCAGUAAUGAUUCGAUUAGAACAGGAACACGCACAGCAACGAACAACUCAUCCAAAAAGGUUAACUUCAGUUAAUAAUGAAAAUAUUUUAGUACAAGCAAAAGAAGAUUAUUUAAAUGAUCUACUAGAUUUAGAUGUUUAUCAAAAAAGACUACGUUCUCUUUGUUACCGAUACAUUCACAUAUUGGAUACAUCUGACAAAGAUGACGAAGAUUAUGAACCAAAGCAUAGUCGAAUGUUGAAUCAUCUCGUAUUACUUGUAUCUUUGUCUUUCUUCACAUAA